AUGUCAUCCUUGAGCAGGCGCCUCCUAGGCCAGGUGAGAAGCACCCUCCAGAUCGGCAAUGACUACAGCGUUAAACCCGCCGGGUUGUCAUGGAGGAGCAACACCUUCUUCAUCGCGUCGACGGUAGCCGUGGGCCUCUUCACGGACCUCUUCCUCUAUGGCCUCGUCGUCCCCAUCCUCCCAUACAUGCUACAGGACCGCGUCGGCCUCCCGGACGACCAGGUGCAGUCAAACGUCGACGGGCUGCUAGCUGCGUAUGCCGGGGCUUCCGUGCUUUUCAGUCCCGUCGCCGGCUACAUCGCGGACAAGACCUCUACCAGGCAGGCGCCUUUUCUCUUGGGGCUGGUUGCACUUAUGCUUGCGACGCUCUUGCUCUUCCUCGGUACCAGCAUGCCCGUGCUGGUCGUGGCGAGGCUGCUCCAAGGUAUCAGCGGUGGUUUCGUCUGGACGAUAGGGCUGGCCCUGUGCUUGGAGACCGUAGGGCCUGAGAACCUUGGCAAGACGAUUGGCUCGAUCUUUUCUUUCAUCUCAGUCGGGAAUCUGCUGGCGCCGCUUCUCGGGGGCGUUCUAUAUGAGAAGACCGGUUACGCCGGUGUCUUCGGCAUCGGCGUGGCUAUACUGGCUAUUGAUUUCAUUAUGCGAGUGCUCGUGAUCGAGAAGAAAGUUGCGAAGCGCUACGGUGCAGCAGAUCCGCAGUCUGUCGAGGACCUCGAAGCUGUCCAGGGUCACAACACCGAUGGCCAUGAUUCGAAUCAGGCACACAGCGAGCAAGGGGAGGAGGAACCCCUCCUGGGCAAGAAGGAAAAGCAUUACUUCAAACUGUCCAAGGACCAGCCUGCGAUCGCGCGGAAGAUCACCAUCUUGCCGUGUAUGACGGACCCGAGGCUGCUCACCGCCCUCCUCGUCGCAUUUGUCCAGGCCCUACUGCUGGGCAGCUUUGAUGCCACAGUACCUACGACGGCAAAGGAACUCUUCGGGUUUAACUCGCUUAAAGGCGGGCUGCUUUUCCUGCCCCUUGGAGCCUUCGACCUAGUCAUUGGACCACUCGCCGGUUGGUUUGUCGACCGUUACGGGACGAAGCCUUGUGCAGUCAUCGGCUACAGCUUCCUCGUACCCGUUCUCAUUCUGCUCCGCCUGCCUCAGCCUGGGGGCAAAGAUCAAAUAUUGCUAUAUGGUGGUCUGCUCGCGCUCUGUGGCGUCGGGCUGGCCAUCAUUGGUGCGCCGUCUAUAGUCGAGGCAGGGUCCGUCGUACAGAAGUAUUAUGAAGCGAAUCCCGACUUCUUCGGCGACCAAGGACCGUACGCGCAGCUAUACGGCCUGAAUUCGAUGGUAUUUGGCCUCGGGUUGGCCGUUGGCCCUGCCCUAGCAGGAGAGCUCAAGCAGGGUCCGCUAUACGGCUCAAACGUCGUCGAGUUCCGUCUAGAUCUGUACUUCAUCCCCAGUGGCAGUCAAGAGGAUUGCAUGAAGCAUUACCGGGCCGAGAAAAGCGCUCGAGGCAGUUUCUGGACACAAGUCGAUGCUGUCGGCCGGGACGAGCGGCCCAGUGAUAUCAGCACCAAGAUGCCAGGACUGGUCCCUUCUUACGUCCACGACAAAGCCAGAUAUCGCUACCAUGGUCUCAUAUACAUCUGUGACGAGGCGGACUGGCGGGGCGGAGAUCAGACCAUGAAGUGUGUCGAAUUCGACCCACUGUCUCGUGAGGACUACGAAAAGUUCAGCAAGGAUCCGGGAGACCCCCGGGAGCCUGACGUGCUCCCAGAUACGUACGUCAAGGUCGAGGCUCUGAGCGAGAACAGUCCAGGGAUGGUUAUGGGAUUUACGGAGCUAAACGGACCGAACCGUGACUAA